GUGUGGAAAUUCUUGCAGAGUGAACGUGUCAGUUUGUUUCUCUCUUAUCAGCUUCAGUGAGAUUCAUUAUAAUGGAUCUGUACAAUCGUUGUUCAGGUGAUAGUGAGGCGGAACCGCCUGAGAUGAAUUCAGGCAUUGCUUCAUUUAGUGAGCGUCGAUUGCUCUUAGAAUCGACUUUGAAGAAAAUUUCUGAGAAAUCACAAGCUGAGAAGACAACGAAAGCGAAUAAAAGAAAAACUUUUGGCGACUUUACACAAGUGCAACAGAGAAAUUCAUCGUUGUCAACAGAUUUCACGGAUGACUUUGACUUCACAGAUUCUGAUAAUGAUCAAGUGCCAAAUCCAUCAGAAAGACAGGAAAUACCCAAAAAGUCGCAAGUGGUCUGCUUACUGGACGAGAUAAUUAGAAGUGAAAAGAGCUAUAUAAACAAUCUUCAACGCGGAAUCGGUGGCUACCUCAAAGUCUUCGAGCAUGAUAUUCCAGCGACACUCAAGGGGAGAAAGUUCACGAUUUUCGGCGGUCUCAUAGAAAUCUAUGAAUUUCAUUCAAAUAUCUUUCUGCCUAAACUGAAACGCUGCAAUGGCGUGCUCGAGGAAAUCUCCAAUGUCUUUCACAGAUUGAUUACAGAAGAUCACUUCUACAGCUAUGUUCACUAUGCCAUGAAUAACUGGAAGGCCAGUAGUAUUUGUAAGGAUCACGAGCAGUUCUUCGAUGAUCACAGAGAAGAUGCUGGCGAUAAAUUGGGUAUCAUGAGUCUUCUAGUGCAACCAAUUCAGAGAAUUCCGCGAUACAAGUUGCUCUUUGAGCACAUCCUCGAUGAGUUGGGCAAGCAAAUCGAGAUCUCCACUCAAGUCAAGUCACAACUUGCUGCAGCUUCCAGAGCGUGGAAGGCGAUAGAAAAGCUGGCAGUUUGUGUGAAUGCUUCGGUGAAUGUUAAGGAUAUUACAGAGUGUUAUGAGAUAAGUCUGCCUCAUCAGGGAAAGUUCCGUGACAUGCAGGCCUUUGAAUUCCAUGACAAUGACGCUGGAAAACGCUUCAAAGGCUACGUCUUCCUAUUUGAGAAGUGCAUCGUGUACACUGAAUCGAAGAACAACGCGAGUCAGAAGAACUUCAUCUAUCGUGGUCAUUACGACGUUGACAGUUUGGGCAUCAUUCAAGAUGUCAACCACGGAAAGUUAUCUCUGUUCAGACAUCGCCUCGGUCAGAAGCAGCUGGACAUUUCCGGUCCAUCUCCUACCAUCAGCAAGUGGAAUGAGUACAUCAAGAGACUCGUCUUGGAGCACUUCACGCAGAAGAAGCAGAAAGGAAGGUUCACAUGGCACGGACAGACGACAUCAGAAAUCGACAAGUGCUGGUAUGCAGAUGUAAUGUAGCACAAGAGCACUUUCAUCAGAGUAUAUAUAUUGUAACGUAUGAGAUUUAUCGAUGUACAAAUAUAUUUAAAUUUCCAUUCAACAAGAAUGAGAA